UUUCUUAUCAGACGCAAUGGAUUGGGCUUUUGCGCAUAAAACCUGGGACAAGUGGGCUUCUACCAACAUUGGUUAUUCUGGGCAUCCCUUAAAAGCUGCUUUGCUGAUUAAUUAUGACCCAACUGGACCAUCUCGCUUGUUAUCCACCAUUGCUGAACAAGAAGGAAUAAAAGCCAAUCCCAUUGAAUUGAGUAACUUUGUGGACUUCAUCAGACUCUAUAAACUCCAGACAGAGAGCUUCAUUAUUGGGUCCAAUCAGUACUUGGUCACGUCAAUUCACGAGAAUUGGUUUAGUGCCAGGUGCAUAAACACAUCAAAGCCUGCUGGUGAAGGCGCAAUUGUUAUGCAAACAGCAGCCUACAUCUUGGUUGCUCUGUAUGAAGGUUCCAUUGGUCCAGCAUCUCGAGCUAUGGCAGCUGCUGAUCAGUUAACUUGGCAAUUGGGGCGAAAAAAUCUUUAGAAUGGCCCUUCUCCAGAUCUGUAGCAUGCAUUUACCCAAGGGCUGUUCCUUUUGUUUUUGUGCUCCUUUAGUUUUUGUUCAGAUUGUUGCGACAAGUAUCUUGGUGAUGGAGCUAUUGCAGAACCACAGUAGCGGUUUAUGAGAGUGGGGUGGGGGAGCUUACCAUUGCGUAUGAUUGGCAAUGGCACUCUGAAAUAGACAAGUUGAUAGAUCUGCUUCCGUUGUUUGUUGGAUUUUCUGCACAGAACUUAUUUGAAACCCAACGGAACUUAAUGGUGAAAGGCCAACAGGUUCAAAAGGGAAGAUCAACUGGGUAGAAGGUGGAAUAUGUUAGUCCUGUUUUGCUUA